UCGUGAAAUAAACAUAUCAGUAAAAUAUUAAUGAAUACCUGCAUCUAAAUAGGGUUACUAUCUAGUCUGCCACCUAUUGAACGUAGUUAAGUGAUAAUACGGUAUACAACAAGGCAGCAUAGAUAAGUCUGGUUUAGAUAGGGAAUUCUAGAAGAUAAUACAAUAACAAUCGCUGCCAGGAGGCCUCUUCGUUGCUGUCAGCUAGUUAGCAUAGCGUCAUGUGCUAUAGACAAUACUAUCAGCGUUAGGGUUGCAGUAUCGUUGGGAAACGUGGCAACGUCUUUCCCGCAUCUUUUGAUGCCCCAGAGUUUGAGGAAAGUUUAGAUAUGGCUGAACCAGUGAGAUUAUGGACGCUGUUCCCAUAGCGACAUGCGCAUGUUUGUACGUGCGUUGAACUUCAACCUUCCUUGCCGUUGUCAUAGCGUUAGGUAUGACUACCAUUUAAGAAGAUACUUCAAUCUCCGUUCUAUGGUUACCUUUAUUAUUCGUAGACAUCUGUCUGCGACCUAUCGGUAGUUUUUGUCACUUACCUGGUUACGAAUAAAUCGCUAUUUUGCCUCAUCCAUCAAGUCUCUAUUGAGCUCGCAGAAAUCACCCCCAUACGCAACAUCGCCGACUCGAUUCACAGAAUGGAGCAACCCGGGAAGAAACUAAACACUUACAACUUGGACGACGUACAUAUGGUCAGCGACUUCAUGACAUGUCCUAUUCUUUCAAAUACCCCUAGGGUAUAUUGCAGCUUUCGGGCUAUACCAUUACGCCACCUCGGGAUUCGAUUUCGCGAACUUUCCGAGUAUGGCCUCAUCAGCCACGAGAGCCCGGACAAGCUAGUGAUCAUGAUCUAUCAUCAACGCCCAGAGCUGUUGCUCGCCGUUGUCAGACAUGCAUGGGUGAACAAGUACAUGGAGAUGGGAGCUCCAUGCAUCAUGCAUUUCGGUCCGUUGACCCAGUACCAAAGCGUCGUAUUGACCUUCGAGCGAGACGGGACGGGAACUGGCGACACCAAGCAAGCGAAUUCGAAAACGGAGUCGCAAGAGCCGCUACAGCCCCAGCCACAGUCAUACGCAUAUUCGAACUCGACUACUUCUUCAGAAGUAACCACUUCGCCAGCGAACAUAAUCCCAAGGAGACCAAGCCUACUCCACCCUAUUCCUGAAGGCCAACAGUUGAAUUUGUCGAAUAUGCGCCUGAUGGCUGACUUCGACUUCCUAGGUGAGUUGCAGGCCCAAUUCACGAAGCAUGCGGCGCGAUUCCCCGAAGCCUAUAGAAAAGCUUCUCGAAGCUACUCGGGCCCUAGGCCAUAUCAACCUCAGCCAGGCGCCCUACCAUUGGUCUAUCAAAAUCUCCCCGACGGCCGAAGCGUCCGAGUCCCUUUCCCAUACCAGAGCUCUUCAAGCCGUCCAGGCAAUCGACGCCAUUAGAAUCUUGAUAUGAAGGAUACCGAGCUGGGUCAGAAAACCGAAGCAGUCCGCACGAUCCUACUUUUAAAUCAUCAAGCAACAGUAGAAGACAGGGGCAUUCGUCAGCUAUUAAGAGCACAAAGUUAAGAGACAAAGGAUACGUGAGCAAGAGAUAUGAGAUCUAUGGAUCCAGUUAGAAAAUUAUUUCUGGCAAAAUGUUGGUGGAGUUGUAGUUGAUCAGGGUAUUCAAGGUAUUAUUAAGAAGGUGUUGAUUGGUGGUUGAUUAAGACGCGGUUGCACACAGGUAAAAUGUAUGUAGGUAGGUAAAUAUGAAAAAAUCG